GGCUCAAGCAUUGACCGAACCGCAAACGACCAGACCCGUUCGGAGGAAAAUCACACUCCGUUCGUCCCCAUGUGGCGCCUGGGGCUUUGGGUCUUCACCCUUUCCAUGGCAGAGAAGCCGGAACAGUGCGAAGAACCGGAGGGGACCGGCUUCUUCCAGAGGCAAAUAGCGCUUGAACGGAUGGAACCCUCCAGGCCGUGGGAUCAUCAUGCCUUCGUAGUUGGAACAAAUCACAAAGCUGGGAGUCAGUUGCUACGCAACAGCAUGUGUUGGGCCUUUGACACGCUGGGUGCCACCUACUCCUGUCAAUUUAGCGGACAUGGCAGUUCGAUCACGACCAUUGGAAGGGAGAACAAUUGUUAUGAUGUCUGGGCGCCCAUCCAGUUUCACAACCACAUCAAUGGCCCAGAGCUCAUCCAAAUCAAGAACGAGUCCAUCCGGCGCGGCAUCCCGCUGCGCGGAGUGAUGAUCGUGCGCGAUCCCUUGCAAAUGGUGGUCUCUGCCUACUGCUAUCACCAUCGUGGCGCCGAGCCCAACAGCAACCUCGCACCGCCCAACAUCACAGAGAUGGGCCCAGUGCCCUUGGAGAUGGUCUUCGUUUGCUUGGGGUGGUCUUCGUUUGCUUGGGUGGGACGGCCACCAAGGAUGCAAUACAUUCCAUUCAGAAGAUCUAUGCAUAUUAUUUCGGCCUGUUCUAUUGCCUGUCGAUUUAAACAAUGAUCACUAGUUGAGAAAGGCCUUUACCAACCAUCAUCAUCCGCUGUUGCCCCAAGCUGGAGGUUCACAGCCUGAACUACCAGUGCUGGGCAUCCCAAAACUCGGACCCCUUCUUCAGGCCUUCAGGGCACAUUCUUCCAACCCCCAUGAGCAUCCAAAGCAGCCGCAUUUUCCCCACAUCAUCAGAGUUGACCGUUUCGGUCCCGCGGUUGAUGGAAAUCAGUACGCCGAAAACGACAGCUUACAAGUACGAGUCAUGGCUCGAAGCUCCCCAACAGCCCUACUUUGGCCCAUUCGCUGCCGCUGCUCCGAGGAGGAGGGCGUUCCGGACAUCGCUGAACGUAUGAAGCCCGUCAUCGAGGGGAUGCUCUCCGCCUAUCAAUUGGCACCGCCCAACGUGUUGACCGUGCGCUACGAGACGAUGACGAAUUCCUCCUUCUACUUCAACGCUGCCUGGGAUGCUUUCGGGGGGAGGAAGGAUGCUGCCUGGGAUGCUUUGCUGGGUGAGAGUCUAGGGAUCUGAAAGAUGAUGGUUCCGGGAAUCAUGAAUGGGGCAACUGACUUCCAGUCAAUGGGAUGGAAAGUGGAUGAGGGGACGGAGUUGUUGGUUUCCUCCUUUUCACGUUCACAGUGGGUCGACUGAUGUUUCAGUUGCUUUUUCGAGGUGCAUUCAGGGUGCGUCUCUCGAAGUUUUGCAUGCCAUGGCGGGUCCAGAACGGUGGUCCAGAACCAUGAUCCACAUGUUUCCUGCUUCAUCAUGAUGGUUUUGCGGGUUCUGGGCGCGAUCCGAAAGAAGCACAGCACGCCCCAGCACGCUCCAGCAGUUGCCGGGUGCAGCUCCGGGAUCCACCCAGCUGCGCUGGGAGAGGUUCCUUCGUGGCACCGAUUUCUCCUACCCUAAGAAUCCUUGACCUCUCCAUGGCAGGGGUCGGACCCUCCAUGGCAGGGGUUGGGGACCUCAAAACCCUAUCUGUCUGAGGGCCCGGAUUCUUAGGGUAAGCAUCUUCCACCGCUUUGGGUGGCGUCUCCCCCCCAAACGUUGCGUCUCACGCGCCUCUCGAGGCGACGAUGUCGGAGAUCCUGACGUUCCUCUUCGGCGAUGAGAUCACUCAUGCUCAAAAGCAGACGAUCAUCGAUGCUGCCGCGGUCGAGGAUCUGAAUCGUGGCCUGGAGGGUGGCUUGAGCACGGGUGGGGGGUCCACAGGCGUGGAUAACCACACCAACAGUGAGGAUUGCAUGGCGGAUUCGCAAGAGGC